AUGAAAUUGACUAACUCCGCUCACUAUUCUCUUCUCUUCUUAUCAUCCAUUCUCGGACUUUCCUGCGCCGCAGGCUCCUCUCACUUGAACGAUGAAUCCACAUGUGUGGCGCACUCGCCAACAAGUGGCCUCUAUUACGAUCUCAAUUCAAUCUCAGUAUCCCCACCGCAAAUGAAGAACGGCAAGAAAAUAUCGCAGGAGGAUCGGGAUGAAAGUUGGCUUGCCAAGGGGCAUGACUACCCCGCAAACUUCACGCUGAAUAUAUGCGCGCCAGUGAUCGAGAACUUCACAGAUGUGGUGGGCGUGCCAUCUUCGCGAUGGCAGAAUAUUAGCGCGUUCUACGAACAGCAUGGAAAGAUAUAUUCCUUAGGUGAACAAGCCUCUGAUCCCUUUUUCCGUGGUCGCAAACUUGUUCUCAAUUAUACGAACGGCUCCCCAUGUCCCGAUGAGCUCAAUGGCGCUUCUUUAAAUGCGUCCCUCCGAACUAAGUCCACCCUGAUGUCCUUCCUCUGUGACCGCGACGCUCCAGCAAACCAGGCAACUGCAUCAUUUGUCGGUACCAUGGACUCUUGCGCCUACUACUUCGAGAUUCGCAGUUCCGCUGCAUGUGGUGGAAUUGCCGUGGAUCCCAACUCCGGCGGAAUGGGGCCGGCUGGCGUAUUCGGUGUCAUCAUGCUCAUCGCCGUUGCCGCCUAUUUCAUUGGUGGUUGUGCUUAUCAAAGGACCGUCAUGCACCAGCGUGGCUGGCGCCAAUGCCCCAACUUCAGCUUGUGGGCUGGAAUGCUUGACUUCAUUAAGGACAUGUUCAUCAUCUCCUUCUCAUCAAUUGGCAACUGCCUUCGUUUGAGACGUUCGCCGUCGAAUGGUGGCUAUGCACGUGCUAGCUCUGACGACCGUGGCGGUUUCAUUGGUGCUAUUGGUGGUCGGGGACGUGGCUCGGGUGGCCGUGGUGAUGUGGACGCAGAGAAUCGUCUGAUAGAUCAACUGGAUGAGGAGUGGGACGACUAG